AACGCUGACCGUUUUUUUUCCUCAUCCUCAGCUCGUUGACAAGUCGACACACUUUGGCGCACCGCUGCGGCGUUCCCUGCCAUCACUCAGCUCGGUUAGGAGCCGACGACAAUGCGGGACCGAACUAAAGAAUUGGGGAACAAGGGAGACGCUUCGGACGAUGACGACGAGGGCAAAUCCCUGAUGAAACCCGGAGGCUCUUCGGCCAAAGAGGAGAAGGACAACGAGAGCUUCUUUAAAAAGGUGCAAGAAAUCCACGAGGGCCUUAACACUUUCAAGAGGAUGGUGUGCGACCUUGAGAACAAGCAGAAAACGAUCCUGGGCGUGGCGCUGCCCGAGGAGGGCAUGAAGAAAGAGCUGCAGAUGCUACGGGACGAAAUCAAGAAGCUGGCCAAUCAAAUUCAGAGGAAACUCAAGAGUAUUGAACCUAAGAAGGGCGACGAGGACGGCAAAUAUGUAUCCGUCAACGCUCGCAUGCAGCGCACUCAGCACGCCAUCCUGUCCAGAGAGUUUGUGGAGCUGAUGAGCCACUGCAACAGCAUCCAGGGCCAGUACAGGGAACGCAAUGUGGAGCGGAUACGGAGGCAACUCAAAAUCACUGGCACCACGGUGGGAGACGAGGAGCUGGAUUCCAUGCUGGAGACCGGCCAGACCGACGUUUUCACGCAAAAUAUCCUGAACGACGCCAAGGCCACGAAGCAGGCGCUGAACGAGAUCGAGUCGCGGCACGACGAGAUCCUCAAGCUGGAGAGGAGCAUCCGAGAUCUUCACGAGAUGUUCCAGUACCUCGCCAUGGAGGUGGAGGCGCAGGGGGAGAUGGUGGACCAUAUCGAGCACAACAUCAACCAGUCGUCCGACUACGUGGAGAAAGCCAAAGAGAACACGGAGAAGGCGGUCAUGUAUCAGCAGAAAGCACGCAAGAAAAAGAUCUGGAUCGCAAUCUGCUUGGCCGUGGUCAUCCUCAUCCUCGUCAUCGCGCUGGUCGCCACGUUCUCCUGACGCCGAGGGCCGCUCAACGUCCGGGUCGUUAGGGGACGCGCGCGCCGCGCUCACGUUUGCCUCGCUAACAUUUCUUCAGCCUUCUCCGGAGCCGCUCGUUCCUGUAAAAACAACAGAAGAAGUCAUCCAUCGACAACAGGACUGUUACAGCAGUUGCCCCCCCCCCCCCCCCCCCCCCCAGGACGAAAGGGGCUCUCUUUUAUAACUAAUUGUACAUAAUGUAUGGUGCUGUGCACGUAAGGCUUCCCUUUUUAAAGCAGACUUGCCUUGCUGUAAUUAUGUGAUGUAAAUACAUUUGUUUGAACACCCCCCCCCAUUUCAUUUUGAACUUGGGACAUGUGAAAUGUUAGAGCACAUUAAAUUCUGAAAUGUAUCAUCAUGCACUGGAACCGUCGAAACUUCUUCCUCGUCCGCUUACAGUCAAAAGUCACGUCGUGGUUACGCGCGUUUGCAAUGCAAUAAUUCAAAACUUUCAUUUGGUUAAACAAGUAUUGACUCGUAUUACUGUGGCUUUGGUCUCAAAAUAAAAUGCUGCCAUCUUG